AUGGGAUCUCUAUUGAACUCGCAUUUGGAGCAAAUCUCUUUAUGCGCUACCUCGAUUGCGGAACUUCCUUUCCCAGGACCCAAACGCUUCACGAAUGCUCUGCUGGCCCAGCAUGACAUUACAGCUUUGAUCCGGGACACGGAGGCCCACGAACGCGCUCUCUUCCAUCUCGCACCACCGCCACUGCCUAGCAGGUCUGCUGCUCAGGAUAUCUCUUCGGCCCCCGCGACUGGUCCCGCUGCGUCAUCAACGACUUCCAGGAGGGCGACCAUGUAUGGAAACCGGCAACCGAAGAACAAAGCCGUGGCCGCAGUACUAGGUGGUGAUUUGUACCAGCGUACGCGGAAGGAAAGCGCCGCGGUUAGGCAGAAAGGCGAUGUCGAUGUGGAGAUUCUGCUGGAAGGUGCGGAGAGAUUACUUGCUGUGUAUCCAGUGCCCGGAGCUGCCGACAAGAUCACGCAGCUCAGACGCCGACAUCAGCAGCUCGUGGCGAACAUAUCUCAUUAUGAGGCACUGGUAGGCCAACAGUCCGCCGACUUGGCCCGUAUGAACAGGCCCACAUAUGACGACGGUGACGACGACGAGAUCAUGGACGACGAGCCGAUCGUAAGCGCGCCCACCAUGACCAAGGAGGAUCUCGAGCGCGAGGAGACUGAAAUCGCAGAACUCGAAGGAAAGAAAAAGUCUUUGGAGGAUCGAGUGACUGGCAUGGAGAGGGAUCUAGGAGGGCUCAUGCGAUGA